CCACGCGCGUGUGAGCUUCUGUCAGGGCGUGCGCAUGUGGAUUUCAGUCAAAGCGCGCGCUCCCGCCUAUGAAAGCGACCAGCGCAAGUCCACCGCAGCACAGAGAGAAGAGACCACUAAACCCAUCUUACUCGAAAACACAAGCAGUGUGAAGUUGUUUAGUUUUCUCGGUCCAAUUUGAAUGAUUUGUUUUGUGACAAACUUAGGAUGCACGUAGGCUACGCUUGAACAAGUUUUGCGUGUAUAAAUUAAACAACGAUGGGAUGCGUGAGGAGUAACCCACAGCUCAGGGCAAGACGUCCCGGCAAAAGUCUACAGUAACUCUUCCGCGUAUUCCAGCAACUGUUUCCUCUAAGACUUUGGGAGCAACAGCUGAGCUAGACCUAAGUGACAGGCCGGUGAACCGCUAAAUCAAUGUUGGGGUAUAAUUGCUGACCCUGAAGUGGCCACUGUGACCUCAAAAGUGGUAUAACUGCUGGCACCAGGACCUGUCCUCCUGCCCUCUCCACAGAAAAGCGAUAUUUGGUUAGAAGUAGGGAUUGGCUGGAUUGGUUCUUUCUCACUCCUAUUAUCGAGUGACAGAGCAAAGUCUCACCGAGCAAUUAUCGGGAGCACAACUAUGCGUGUCCCCGAGGAUGUCCAUUCACACUGGUUGAUGGCACCAUGUCUUCCCUCGUCUAUAUUGUUCUCGAGCUGCUGAUUGCGGUUUUGGCCGUGGCAGGAAAUGUUCUAGUGUGUUGGGCCGUCUGGCUCAACAGCAAUCUCCAGAGCAUCACCAACUUCUUUGUGGUGUCGCUGGCCGUGGCGGACAUCGCCGUGGGGCUCCUGGCCAUUCCGUUCGCCGUCACCAUCAGCACAGGCUUCUGCAGCCAUUUUCAUGGAUGUCUCUUCAUCGCCUGCUUUGUGCUGGUGCUCACCCAGAGCUCCAUCUUCAGCCUGCUGGCCAUUGCUGUGGAUCGGUACAUCGCCAUCAAGAUUCCAUUAAGGUACAAUAGCCUUGUCACAGGCCAAAGAGCUAAAGGCAUCAUCGCAGUAUGUUGGACACUUUCAGUGGUUAUCGGUUUGACUCCAAUGCUGGGCUGGAACAAACGUGUGUCCACAAACAACAACAGCUCCUGUCGUCAAGGUAUGACCGAGUGCAUGUUCGAGAACGUGGUCACCAUGGGUUACAUGGUUUACUUCAACUUUUUCGGCUGCGUCCUGAUGCCACUGUUAGUCAUGCUGGCCAUCUACAUGCGGAUCUUCAUGGCCGCCCGUCGCCAGCUCAGACAGAUGGAGCAGAAGCUGGUGCACAUGCAAUGGCACACCCAAGGGGAGGGGUCCUCUUCACGGUCCAGGCUGCAGAGGGAGGUCCACGCAGCCAAGUCCCUGGCUAUCAUAGUGGGUCUCUUUGCUAUCUGUUGGCUCCCGUUACACAUCAUUAACUGUUUCACGCUGUUCUGCCCGAAGUGCGACCGCCCGCAGGACUGGGUCAUGUACCUGGCCAUCAUACUUUCACACGCCAAUUCGGUUGUAAAUCCGUUCAUUUACGCCUACCGAAUACGUGACUUUAGGCAUACUUUCAGAAGGAUCAUCCGACAGCAUUUUCUAUGGAAUGAAAACAGACUGUCUAAUGGUAAUAGUAACUGCGGCAUGGUUGGGUCUUCAGCUGGGGUCAGCGUGAUUGACACUAGUACAAUCUCCAAUGGAUACGUUUUGGAGACCAGUCCCAUCCACAGUGUGAUUUCCUGCAAUGACUUUGGAAUUACAAAGGAAAUACCCUUGAAUAUCAGGCAAAUGAGAUCACAAACAGAAUUCCAAGAUUUAGGUUACGGAUUAAAUGGACAUCACUCAGUUGAACAUUCCUUUCCUGACAAUUCAAUGCCGGUUUUCUCAGGACAGAGUGGGAAUGAAAACCCCUCCAUCAGAGACCAUGUAGAAGUCAUAACUCUUAAAGACUGCAAUGCUAUAACUGAUGUACAUAUCAGGUGUCUAUUACCCGCAAAUACAAGCAGCCCAUCCGAUCUCACCCAAGUGUCAUGACACAAACUUUCUUUAUUUAAAAAAAGAAGCAAUCCUCCGUUCCACACUUUUGCCAACAGGGGCUUGUCACACUUUAAAAGCUAGUUAGUGAUCAUUAAAAAUAUGUGUCAGUUGUUAUGUGAGUUUACCCACUUUACAGGACCAAGGGUCAUGACUGGUUAACCCUGAUCCAAAUGAUCAUAUAUGUACUUAUACUGCUCCUGUGGGAACAAUAGUUUCCAAACAGGAAUUCCAGGAAUUUCUAUUCCUAUUUCGGAGAGCGUCAAUAGUGUUCCUAGAUUUUCUUACCUCUUAAACGACGUUACGUGCUGACAUUGUAGUACAUUUUUAAAGCUUGGGUUUCCAAGUUUAAUAGUACAUUGUUCCUGGUGAAAGAGGGAGAUGCCAAAUAAAUAGAAUCAAUACUCUGGGAAUUCAGCUCUAUUAUGACCCUGCCAUAAAAGGCACGUUUAAAAGAGCUAUCAUCUUUCUGUUUAGCUAUAAUGUCUAAAUCGAAGUUGGGUUGUGCAAGCAUAAUGUACUGUACAUUUGAUACACAUCUGUGUAGUGCUUCAAAAUUGAUCAAACAUAAAUGUACAGCAUUGAUUGUAAGCAUGUCUUAAAAGUUUUAAAAUGUGCAAAAUAAAAACACAAAGCCAAAACGGCCACAAAUGAAAGACUGUAUGUAAUUAAAACCUAAAUAUUUAUAAUAGUUGAUGAUAACAUGCAUCCCUAAACCACUAGUUUAAGCUAUACACUGCUCAAAAACACCAAAGUGAAAUUCUCCAAGCAAAAUUCAAUAAAGUGGACUUAAAGUGGG